AUGGCAAAUAUACACAGAUUGGGUGAUGACAACGACCAGUAAGAUAAUUAUCAGAACAUAAGGAGCAAUGGAGGAUCAUAGAUGAUGUCGAUGUUUGGAGGAAUUGAUGGAGACCCAAGAGGUGAGAAUUUUUUUCACAUGCUGAAGAAAUCGUUCUGUCCAAAACUUAAACCUAUUUCGUUUACUACAAUAAUCUCAGCUCUGAUUAUAAUUCUAUAUAUCACAAUGCUAGGAGUGGGAGGAGUCAAUAAAUAGGAUCGAUUUUUAUCAGUUUACUAGAAAACAUUGAAGGAUUUUGGUGGAAAUGAUCCAAAUGAUGUUAAAUAUAACUUUGAGGUUUUCAGAUGGGUGACAUCCUUAUUCUUGGUUACAGACUUCUAUAAUCUAGUGAUUGCAAUCUUUAUGAUAAUAAUUUGUUAUUCAAUCGUAGAGGCCACAUAAGGAUUGCAUUUAACAAUGGUAGUUUUUUUUGGAGCAGGUGUAAGUGGUGCAAUAUUUGGAGAUUUGUGUAACAUUUGCAAAUAUACGACAUAUUCCGAAACCUUUGCUUGUAUCUAUGCUUGUGUAGGGUUUUUGAUAGGAUACAUAAUUUUAUAUUGGCAAAAAUUAGAUGCAUUGGGAGAUAUGAAAUGUGCUUUAGUUUGUUUUGUCGCUAUGGUGGUAAUAUUUGUAAUGAUGUUCACUUUUGGAUCAGGAUAAAAUAGUUUUUAUGACAAUUUGGGCGAAUUGGGAGGUUUUUUGGGGGGAUUGUUUAUAGCCAUGAGUCUGAUCGAAGUGCCUUAGAGUGGGGAUUAUGAGAGUAUUUGUCGAAAGGUCGGAUAUGGAUUUCUAGGAGUCUAAGUUGGAUUGACUGAUCAUAUAAUUAUGAAUAAUUUACCAUUUAAUAAAUGGACCCUAAGUUUCAUUAGCAAAUAAUACGAGGAUCUUUAUGAGUCUGAGAUGAUUAAAUACAGACAAUCAUACUUUAGGAUCAUAGAUGUAACCAUUUUGCUAUUGUGCAUCUUCUUCUUCAUAUUUUAUUUGCUCUAAGGAGGAUAAAUCGUUGUAAUGGUGAUAUUAGCAUUUUCGAGUCUAGUCAUUUUCUUAGCUUUGAUUUACGCUCAGAAAUUUGCUUCAAAAGUUGGGUACUAUUACUUUUUAAUGUAUAUCUUGUCCUUAGCAAUAAGCUUAUACAUAGCAUCUCAAAGUUAGCAAAAAUAGUAAUUUCUUUACGGAUAGGCAACAGCGAUAAUCGCAAUAAUCCAAUUCCUCUUUAGUCAUAUUAAAUUGAGGAUGCUGACUCUACUAAUUGUACCAGCUGUCUAACUUUAUAUUUUAGGAUUAUUUACUGUCUAAGAUUUUGGAAACAUCAUUCUAACAUUCAUGACGUAAUUUCUGAUUUUACUCUAUUCUCAUUAUAACGAAUUCAUGUUUCGCUUGGCAUUUUCGUAUAUGAUCUACAAUCUUAAACUGAAAGACAUAUCUCAGGGAUACAUUCCACAUUCCUUUAUAGCAAUAAGUCUUAAUGCCAGAAACAAUUCUUUCUAGCUGGAAUUCCAAAAUCAAAUCAGUCAAACAAACUUAAAUGUUGAAGAUACUAAAACUUUAAUUGAAAUGUUGAGAAACACCUAUGUUGUUCCCAAAGGUUAAAUACCCACUUGUGUUGAUUUAUAAAACAUAAACAUUUAAAAAUCAAGUGAAUUGUCUAUAAGACGACUAGGCAAUAAGAAAUAAACCUUGGAAGAAUUUGCCUUCUAUAAGUGUAAAUAAAAUUCCUCAGAUGAACAAUAAUAAUCUAACGAACAGACUGAAUAAAUGGAAGGCGUGUUUUAUAAUUAAAUCAAAGGAAGCAAUAUAAUUGUGAAUAUUGAUAUCAAAUCUAUGAAUUAUGGCAAGAACUAUUUACUGAUUGUCGUUAAGGAAGAAAAACCACUUUAACAAUUGCCUAAAAGCGAAGAACAAAUACGAUUCUUAAGCAAAGUCAUUUAAUAUGCUUCCAAUCAACUUUCAGUUGCACACUAAAAUUUUUAUAAAGAAAUAAUAGGAUUAAAGCUGAGUUCAUUGGAUAAUCAUAAAUUUUGGUAAAUUAAAUGCAUGAAUUUAUCUAUAAUGAACCAGUUUUAAAACUUUUUCUUUUUUGUUCAUUCCGCUUCAAUCAACAAUGCUUUGGCGGCUUAUAGCAAAAUCAACAUUAAAACCUUUCUUUUUAACUUGUAACAACACUUUUCCUAUAUGAGUAUGAAAUAAAAAAUGAAAUUUCAUUACCAAUUGUAUUUAGAGGAUAUUAAGGUUAAUGUAAACUCUAAAUUCCUUUCCUAAAUUAUAGUUAACAUUUUUGAAUAAUGUUUGAAGUAAGCAAAUUCCAAUUCAACAAUAAAUCUGAAUAUUACAAAUGAAUUGAAUCUGAAUCCAUUACAAAAUAAUAACACCUUGGAAAAGAAAUGCCAAUAAGAUUUAGAAUUUAUAAAAAAGGUGGCUGAUGAAUCGCAAUAGAGUCAGAGUAAAAUAGAAGUUUAAAAGCUUAUCAAAUUUGAGUUUUCGUUUUUGACAAGCAAGAAGAUUGAUUUAAAAUUAGAAACCAAUUUAAUUUUGAAUCCAUAAACUUAUGAAGAUUUUCAUUUUAACAACAGUUAGGAAUUACAACUAAAUCAACCUAUUACUAAUUUUUUACUAAAGAAGAUUGGCCCUUACAAUUCGAUUUAAUAUUCUUAAAGUAUCUACUGCGGUCAAUAAUGUGAAUAAACAUUGAUGCAAUACCCCCCUAUGUAAGACUUGAUUUAAUAACAAACCCUGUAUUAAAAUAAGAUUAGUUUCUACAUUUACACAGAUUAAACCUAGUUGACACAAUCAUUCAUUAAAUACACGUAAUAGAGAUCAUUUUUAUAAGCUUGA